CUUAUCGAAGGCGGCGACAAUCGACCGCCGGAAACAUUUCGAAUCUGCCUGCGUGAAAGUUCGGCAGAGCCGCCCAAAAACGCAUGGCAGAGCUGGAAAGUGGGCGUGCCAAGGAGGACUCCAGUCCAGCAAGGCCACAUACCAGCCAGGAGCAGGAGCAGGAGCAACUCCAAUCGCAUCCGCAUUCGUCACCUAAGCUCUCGCCACAGCCACAUGGCUACCCGCGGGAGAGUCGCCGCCGGGAUGCUCGUCCUCCGCCUCUCCCUGAGAUCAUCGUGGCGGGCAGGUACCGCCUGCUGAACCGGAUCGGGAACGGCUCCUUCGGGGAGCUGUACCGCGCCGAGGGGCUCAAGUACGGCGAGAAGGUGGCCGUCAAGCUGGAGACCGCCCGGGUGAGGUAUCCGCUGCUGCCGCGCGAGGCGAAGGUCUACGGGAUGCUGCGGGGGGCGGAGGGCGUGCCCAGGGUGAGGCACUACGGCACCGAGGGGCUGUACAACGUGAUGGUGAUGGACCUGCUGGGGCCCACGCUCGAGGAGCUGCUCAGCCUGUGCGGGCGCUCCUUCAGCCUGAAGACGACCCUCCUGCUGGGCGACCAGGUGCUGGCCCGCGUCGAGCAGCUCCACCGGCGGAGCUUCGUCCACCGGGACAUCAAGCCGGACAACUUCCUAAUGGGCCUCGGCCGGCACCGCGACCGCCUCUUCAUGAUCGACUUCGGGCUGGCCAAGAAGUUCUUCAGCCGGCGCUCGCAGCAGCACAUCGACUACUCCGAGAACCGUGAUCUGGUGGGCACCGCCCGGUACGCCAGUGUGCGGGCCCACUACGCGGAGCAGGGGCGCCGCGACGACCUGGAGGCCGUGGGCUACCUGCUGCUCUACCUGCGGCGGGGCCCUCCCUGGCAGGGCAUCCGGGCGCAGUCGCUGGCGCAGAAGUACGAGCGGAUCGCCGAGUGCAAGGCGACCAUCCCGCUGCACACCCUCUGCGCCGGCCUGCCCGAGGAGUUCCUCCUGUACCUGAAGUACUGCCGCCGGCUGCACUUCGCCCAGCAGCCGGACUACGCCUACCUGCGCCAGCUCUUCCAGGAGCUCUUCCGCGGCCGCCACUUCCUCCGCGACUUCUUGUACGACUGGGUGCCUUUGCAGCGGGAAACGCGAGAUCUCCAGCGGAAGAGGGCGGGUCAAAGGGCAAGGGACGGGGAUCACAGGGAGCAGAGGGAGCAGAGGAUCAAGGAUCGGGAGCAGGUUCGAAUCGCGGAGAGAAACCAGAACAAGUUGGACAAGGACAAGGACAAGGGAGGGGAGCUGCUGGAGAACAGGGAUUGCGAAAGGAAAAGAGACCGCGGCCAUGAGCACAAGUCCUCGAAGAAGGAUCGCAGGUGCUGCUCCUGCCACUACCACCGCCACUAGGAUCGUCCGGAUCGCAGGAUGGAGCUGCAGGCUGAGCGGAGGAUUGUUAACACGGAGGAGUCGGGGGAAUCCCGCCGAGGCAGGCCCUGCCUUUGAUAUUGCGCUGUUUGUACACACACAUGUCCUUCGAGCUGUUAAUUAACUGCCGAGAAACUAUAUUUAGCAUGACUUAACCGUUCA